UGUCGAGCCACCCAACCCCGCUCUCGAGCAACCCACAAAACGCGCCGAGUGUCCCGUCCCACGCCGACAGAACACGAACAGCACGCUAGAAAGACCUUUUUAGCGUACCCGCGAGCGCGAAUCCCCCCUUCCCCCCACCACCACACAUCCCACUACUACCAAAAUGUCGUUCUUUGCCCGUCUUGGCGGUUCCGACAGCAGCGACUCUGAGUCGGACGAGGAGUCCAUCCUCUCCCAGUCCGGCUCGGAGGACGAGAAGCCAAAGAAGAAGACUCUGGCGUCCAAGUUCCUCGCUGGCAGCGACAGCGACAGCGAUGAGGAGAGCUCGGACGAGGAGGAGGAGAUGAGCAGCGACGAAGACGAAGACGCCCCCCGCAACAAGCGCGCGAACAUGUUCCUGCGCGAUGGCGGCGACUCGGACUCGGACGAGGACUCGGACGACGAGGAGAAGAUCCGCGUCAUGUCUGCAAAGGACAAGCGCUUCGCCGAGAUGGAGGCCGCGAUCAACAGCCUCCAGAACGCGACCAAGGCCGGCGGCGCCGCGUGCGACUGGGUGGCGGCCAACAACGAGCUUGACAAGCUGCUCCGCUUCAUCACGCGCCACCACGCCUCCAUGAUUGCCUCCUCGACCCCUCCCGCUGGCCAUAUCCCUCCUGCCUUCCUCGGUGCCCUGACUGAGCUUGACGACGUCGUCAACGAGACGAUCAAGUCUGAGAAGUCGGCCAAGAAGAAGAUGCCCGCCAACAAGGGCAAGGCCGUCAACUCGAUUCGUCAGACGCUCAAGAAGCAGCUCAAGACGUUCGAGACCCAGAUUGCCCAGUACAAGGAGGACACUGAGGCGUACGCCGAGGCCUACGCCAAAGCCAAUGUCCCCCCCAAGGCUGAGAAGAAGGCGCAGCGUACCGAGGCACAGGACGGCGAGGACGAGGCAGGGUUUGCGACUGUCGGCCGUGGUGGCCGCCAGCUCAACCUGACGGCCGACGGUGUGUUCAAGACUCUUAAGGAGAUCUUCGAGCAGCGCGGCCGCAAGAACACGGACCGUGCCGAGACCAUCCGCAUCCUCACGAAGCUCCUGGAGGUUUCAGAGACGACUUACCAGCGUCUCCGUGUUCUGCUUGCCCUCAUCCCCGCCCGCCUUGAUUACUCGACCAACCUCGCCUCUAUCCCCCACGACUCGUGGGUCUCGUGCCUUCGCGAGUACGACCAGCUCAUCACCAUCCUCCUUGAAAACAAGGACUACGUGGUGAAGGGCGAUGUCGAGGAGUACGAGGAGCUGGACGAGCGCACCCCGGAGACAGAGAAGGGCCGUGUCGGCAUCCGCGGGAACGUCGUCAGCCUGCUUGAGAACCUAGACAAUGAGUUUACCAAGACUCUCCAGCACACCGACGCCCUCGAGCACGGUACCGAGUACAUUGCUCGUCUCCGCGAGGAGGCGCCUCUGUACGUCGCCAUUGUCAAGUCGCAGGUGCUGUUUGAGCGUGAGGCCUGGGCCGACCAGACUGCCCGUGCGGUUAUGCGCCGCCUCGAGCAUGUUUACGGCAAGCCCGAUGCUAUUAUCGACCACUUCGAGGCUGCCGUCAACAAGGCCGCUGCUGCCAGCAAACUUGAGACGGCCAUUACCCCCUUCGGCGCCAAGCGCACCCCUAGCGAGUUGGUGCACGCUCUUUGCGUGUUCAUUUACCAGUCGGACGCGCCCUUGCUCCGUGCCCGCGCCAUCUUGGCCCACAUCUUCAACCACGCCAUGCACGCACGGUACCACCAGGCGCGCGACCUUUUGCUCAUGUCGCACCUGCACGACACGAUCCAGCAUGCCGACGUCGCGACCCAGAUCAUGUACAACCGUGCGCUCAUGCAGCUCGGCCUCGCCGCCUUCCGCAACGGCUACAUUCACGACUGCCAGACCAUCCUUGCAGACAUGUUCCAGAGCACCCGCACCAAGGAGCUCUUGGCGCAGGCCAUCCAGCGCUACUCGAACACGCUCUCGCCCGAGCAGGAGCUUAUCGAGAAGCGCCGCCUCCUUCCCUUCCACAUGCACCUCAACAUCGAGCUGCUCGAGGCUGCUUACCUCACCUCGUGCAUGCUUGUUGAGAUCCCCCUUCUCGCCGCCGCCGACACCGAGGACCAGAAGCGCCGCAUCGCCUCCAAGACGUUCAAGCGCUACCUUGACAAUGCCGAGAAGGUCGCCUUCAUGGGUCCCCCGGACAUUACCAGGGAUUACAUCAUCAAGGCGUCCAAGGCGCUUGAGGCUGGCGAGUGGGAGCGUGCCCGUGACCUGAUCUUGAGCGCCAAGAUUUGGACUCUCCUCGACGACGUGGACCAAGUCACUGAGAUGCUUGCUCGCAAGAUCCAGGAGGAGGGUCUCCGCACCUACCUCUUCACCUACGCGCCCUACUACGCGUCCCUCUCCCUUGCCCACCUCGCCGACAUGUUCUCGCUGCCCCAGCAGAGCGUGACAUCGAUCAUCUCGCGCAUGAUCUACACGGACGAGAUUGCGGCGUCGCUGGACCAGAUUGACCAAGUUGUCGUCUUCCACCGCGUCGAGCAGACCGAGGUGCAGCGCCUGGCACAGCAGCUGGCUGAGCGCUGCGUCGGCCUCGUCGAGCAGAACGAGAAGGCGCUUGACGUCAAGCUCGGCUCGGCACCGGGUGCUGAACGCUCUGGCCCUCGCGACGGGACGGCUGACGGCCGCCCCCGCCAGGAGCGGAGGGGCGGGGGUGCGCGCGGCGGCGGCCGUGGGCGUGGGUUCGCUGGGCGUGGGCGAGGCUUCAACUCGGGCCUGGGCUCUCAACGGCGUGUCGCGGCCUAGGCGCGGCGUGUAUAUAGACUGCAUGCAGAGGAUACGUGAGA